AUGCAAAAAUCUGAACUUGGUACAACAUCACAACUUGGAUCAAGUUCACAUAAUCUAAUCUCAAGUUGUAAUACUAAUCCAUACGCAGAACUUGUUGAACGUCUUCGCCAAGCUGAAAAACUAAAACUUAAAAAUUUCGGUACAAAAUCUAGUCAGAAACCAUUUGAUUCAAAAAUCAAUUCAAUUACGCAUUCUUGUAUUCAAAAAUUACUUUCUUUUCUUCAUUCUCUUAAUGAUGAUACUAUUGAUAAUCAACAAAACUCGAAUAUAUUCGAUGAAAAUACAUUAAUAGAUUUAUUCUCUGUCGAUAAUCAUCUAUCAUCAUCCAUCUAUGUACCAACAAAUAUUCAUCAACUUAAUAUUAUACCAAAAAGCCUUCGUCAAUCAUUAAAAAAUACUUCAGAUAAUGAACAAAUACUUUGCAAAAUUCAAGCUGAAGUAUCACAAAAUAAUGUAACAACAGAAUUAAAUUCAAAGAUGUUUAAAAAUUCUAAAACAUUUUUGAAUAUUAAUAAACAACAAGUCUAUUCAAAUGAUGAUUCUCAAAUAUCGAAUUUUAUCGAGCAAAAUAAUCAAUUAAAUUCAAAAUUACUUAAUACUUAUGCUGUUAAAGCAUUUAAAGAAUUCUUAAUUCAUAAUAAAAAAUCCACGCGAUUACCAAAAUUAUUUCAUGAUAUUGAUCAAUGGCAUCAAAAAUGA